UUACCAAAUAAUGACACAAACAUAUUUGCAAAAUUUGAAAUUAUGUAUUACGAAAAAAUUUUAAAAAUUAGAUCUUUUAUAAUAACUAGAUAAUAUUGUUGUACCAAAUUAUAAUUAAUUCAACUAAAAAUUCUCCAUAUUUUACUAUAACUAAAUUUAAAAAAUUUUCAAUAUAGAGUGGAGCACAUUUUGUGACCACUUUUAGAAGCAAUUUUAAUUUUAAUAUUGUAUACUACUUGAUCAGAAUUUAUUUAGUUUUCAAAACUUUUUAGUCUUAUCUCAACUAUAAUAAAAUUUAAAUACUGUUUUAUGGUUGUAUUCGUGAUAGAUGUACAUAGUUUCAUAAACAAGGUGUUUCUUUUAACGCUAGACACUAAAUUAAAAUAUGUUUUUUGUGAAUUUUUUUUUAGUUUUUGUUAAUUAAAUUUAUCUGUUAUAAAAUAUUUUUUAUGUUCAUCCCUUAUAUCUUAUAAGGGUGUUAAUUUUAUUUUAAAUAGCAAUAUAUGUAUUUUCAUAGCUUAAUAAAUAUAAUAUGAUAUAAUUAAGAAAAUGAUUGAUCAAUAAAACUUUUGGUCUAAUAAUUUGGAAGUUAUUAACAUUUUAAAAUAUAGACUGGAAUUAAAGCGAGAAUAUUGCUAUUUUUAUCAUUAGUCACUUCUCGACCGCUCUCCUCCUCCUACUUAGGAGCAAAAUAGUAAAUAUCUUCCGAAACAUUGGUCUAAAAGCCAUUUUCUUAAUUAGAUCAUUUACUAUUUUAUAAGCUAGUUAAAUACAUAUGUUGCCAUUUGGAAAAAUAAAGUUGACAUCCCUAUAAGAUCAAGUAUCUAGCAUUAAAAAAAUCACCUUGUAGUCACCUACAUUAUGGUGGGAUGCUGAUUAGAAUAUUAUGUGGCUUUGCCCUAUUUAAUUAAUACAAUUAAAAUUUUUUUAACUUUGAUGAGUUAUUUAUACUUAUUAAAUAUUCAAGUUUUAUUAUACAGCAUUAUUGCAAUUAGUUUUAUCCUUAUGUCUAAAAAUAUGUUUAUAUCAAACAGCGAAGAUCAGUAUUCUGAAAUUUUGCAACGUUCCUUGGGUGAUUUCCUAGUAAAAUUAGGCGAAGGUGCAAUAAUGGUUAUUGGUGCCUCAUUGAUGUUAAGCAGAAGAAUAUGGCCAAUUUUAUUUGGAAUGUCUUAUGGUGCUGGUAUAGCAUUUGGUAACAUUUCCUCAGAAAUUUCAAAAAAUAAUUUAAAAGUAAAAAAUUGUAAAGAAAAUUAGCUGAUGACACAAAUAAUACAUAGCAAACAAUCAAUAGUUUCCUUGGAAACCCGUGAAUUAUAUUUAUGUAUAAUAGCUAAACUAAACGAAUAAAGAUUUCAAUUAUUUAAAACUCCUUCAUAUAUAUAUACAUUAUAUAUAUAUUAAAAAUUAUA